AUGGCACCUGUCAAACCCUUUUGGUCUCAACCUUCCCACCCACAUAUCCAAGAAGUAAUCUACGGCGAGGAUGAAAAUGGAUAUACCACCAAAUCCAUCUCCAAAGUUUCUCUUCCUCCUUUUGCUGUUUUUGCAAAAUUGGAAUUUCCACCAUGUACCGAUGCCCCAGAAGCUACUUAUGCUACUGUCCAAACAGGUGCAGACACACAUUUGAAUCUCAAUUCAGAUUUAUUGUACAUCAAUCAUUCCUGUGAACCUUCUCUCAUCUUUGACGUGCAAAACCGCACCAUCCUCACCUCCCACACCGGCCUCACUGUAGGCCAAGAACUAACUUUCUUCUACCCUUCUACCGAAUGGUCCAUGUCCCAGCCAUUUCCCUGCAACUGUGCUACUGCCUCUUGCGUGGGAGAGAUCAGUGGGGCGGGACAGAUGAGCGCUAAAGCUUUAGAAGGAAAAUGGCUGAGCGCUCACAUUCGACGGGCUUUAGAGGAGAAGAGAGAUGGAAAUGGAAUUGGUAACGUGAUGAAAAAUGGAGAGAAGAGUAUCAAUGGAAAGUUAAACGGCGUUAAUGGAGAGAAGUCAAAUGGAGAAGUUAAUGGAGAGGGAGAAAUAAAUGGACGACGUGGCGUCACGAGUAGGGAAAUGAGCGGAGAGAUGGGUGGGGAUACUUUGUAG